AUGGAAGAGUACGAAGACUUCUCGUGCCCCGAGUCCUUCGAUGACGAUGUCACCAUCAGCGGCCCGGCCUCGCGUUACUGCGUGUCCCUACUGCACGACGACGAAGACUCGAGCAGCGGGGAUGAGCACCUCUACUACGCGCCAUCAUCGCCGAUGAAGAGGGCCACCCUGCAUCCUCAGCACCUCGGGGCGGCCAAGAGCAGCCUGGGGCGUCGCUCGCGUUCGGAGGACCAGCUACCACGCAUCUCCAUCGACGCAGUGCCUCAAUCCUCGUUCACAUCUGCGCCCUCGCCGAGCGGCCAACAGCAAUGGGACGACGCCUUGCGCGAGAUAAGCGGCGAGAUCCCUCCCGACCACAUUCGUAACAAGCUUCGAUCGAAUUCCUUCUCACGCGACGAUGCGACGCUGUGCCUCGGCCAGACGAGUUCCUCUGCCGCGUUCGAACGCGACAAGGAGAACCACUCCAACUUCCGGAACGGUGGUAGCGGGCUGGGCUUGCCAGGUGAUGGCUCGUCAGCCGGCACGAUGAUCACGGUGGGCAUUCCACGGCACCACAGCAGCCUUCGAGUUGCCACCGACCGCGCCCACAACAGUCCCAUCGCCUCGCGACGCGCCAAGUCCGUACCCGUCCGCCCCACGCUUCCGGAACUCAGGCUCGAGGGCUCUGCACCUUCGCCCAUGCGCGUGUCGUCCGCGCCGUCCAUCUCGUUCUCCGCCACCGCCACCGCCACCACAUCCGGAUUCGGAUCCGGGUCGCUCCCCCUCAACAAGCGCCUGACACCGAAGAGCACCCUGCACUGCUCGCUCAAUCUGUCCCCGCGCGUGAGCCGACGCAGCGACGCCUCGGCCUUCCACUCGCCCGCGCGCCAGGGCUCCAAGUCGCGCGGCUGUCGCGCCUUUCGAUCGCUCUUGCCUCUCACCGGCCAGCCCUCGCCCGCCCGACCGUCAUCCACGCCCCCCAUCAUGCCCUUUGCCCUCAACGAACCUCUCGAUAGCAUGGCCCCCUUCUCCAAGUCGGAGCCUCUCCUGCCCCCCAAUAAGACGAGCGUGUGCUCGCCAACCCCGGUUCCGCAGAGUCCCUUCCAGGCGCUUCGAAUCCGAUCGGUCAGCUUGUCCAACCUGCACGCCGCCUGGUCGAUGGAGUUGAACCAGACGGGCACCUUCCCCGUGGGACCCCGCAGGGGAGGCCGGGGGCAGCUCGCCCCUCCCGACCACCAGAGCGAAGGCGCAGAGGCGGGCGAGGACGAAGACGAGCAACCUUCGAAGAGGAAGAGGGGCAUCAGCAAGUCCCCUGCUCGAAUGGCCUUCUCCUGCUCUUCCCUCUCGGACAUCACGGAAUGGUAUCAGAAGCCGGUGCUCCCCAUCGUGUCCGACUCCUCGCUCCUUGACGCCAUUUCUGCCGAAACGGUGAUGAAGGUCCUGGCCGGGCAGUACUCCAGCUUCUUUACCGAAGUCAUCAUUGUCGAUUGCCGGUAUCCGUACGAGUACGAGGGCGGUCACAUCGAGGGCGCGAUCAACUUGCCUCUGCUCGAAUCCAUCGAGGAGAGAUUCCCGGUGGACCGCGACCUGCCCGACCGGGACAAGACGAUCAUCAUCUUCCACUGCGAGUUUUCGUCCAAGCGAGGCCCUGCAGGGCACCUGCGGGGGUUGGACCGUGAGGCCAACAUCGACAGGCACCCCAAGACCUGCUACCCUCACGUGUACCUACUUCGCGGCGGCUACAAAGAGUUUUUCGAGAAGGGCAAGAGUGAACACUGCACGCCGCCGCAGUAUCGCACGAUGCAGGAUCCCGAAUACAAGACGGAGCUGCAGAAGUGGAACACGCUGGUCAAGAAGAGGAGCUGGAAGAAGCAGAAGAGUCAGUCCAUCUCCUGCUUCUCCACCAUCACCGGCAGGCCCGUGUAA